AUGUACGCCCCUCACGCGGUGGAGGAGCGGCUGGCGAUGGGCACGCUCGAAGCUUUACGUCACCGCGAGUAUGUUGAGGGCUCUGACGACGACUACGCCACGUCCGGCUUGACGUCAGCUGACUGCGCGUUCAACCGAUUUGGCGAGGUGCCAGCGGACUUGGAUAAUCUAGAAGCGACCUUUCGAACUCUCAGCGUCCGCCGCCGAUUGAUGGAGGAGCGCUUUCAGCUGCGCGACGCGAGCGCAGAGUGCCGCUGGCACUGCUGCCAGUGCUUUUAUCAGCUCCGCCUGCAACUUCUUGCAAAGGGCGUCUUUGUCGGAAAGAACAGCGUCAGGUUCCGUUGA